AUGACUUCUCAGUCGGGCUCCGAUGGGGCUUUUCGCCAGUAUCUUCCCGACCUGAACCAGCCGCGCUUUCAGAAUAUGAAGAAGCAGGAUUCUUAUGAAUAUGCUGAUAUUUUCAAGAAAGAGGGCCAACCGCCUUGGCUUCAUGGAUUGUACCUGCACUGGCGUAAUUUGUUCCAGGAGCCUUACAAGGGCGUCACAAAUGAUGGUGUCGUCAGAGAUGGUUUAUUUGAGCUGCAAGACGAUGGCAUACCCAUCGACACCAUCGUCGAGGCCGCAAAAGACCUCUGCGCCAGCCUGAGCCAGGGUCAGAAGCGCAAGACAUGCUAUCAUAUCGACAGCCCUGAAUGGCGCUCAUGGUCAAACCCCGAGUUCCUCCUCAGCGACAAAGGAAUUCGUCUCGAUGAACUCUCAAACGACCUAAGGUCCAAAACACUUAAAGUUCUGGAACUCACGCUCUCGCCAGAAGGAUACCAAAAAGCCCUUGGAGCCAUGCGUGUGAAUCACUUCCUAGGCGAACUGGUCGAGACGCCCGCCAUCAUGAACGAAUUCUCCUACAAUUUCGUUCUUUUCGGUGAACCAUCGACAUCUCGGCCUUGGGGGUAUUCAUUCUACGGGCAUCAUCUAUGUCUCAACAUCUUCCUGUACAAGACCCAGAUUGUGGUGUCGCCAUGGUUCACGGGCGCGGAGCCUAAUCUUAUUGAUGAGGGACCUUACAAGGGUACAAGAAUUCUGGACAGAGAGGAAAGUCUCGGAUUGCGUCUAAUGCAGAGUCUUUCACCAGAGCUGCAACAAGCUUCGCAAUUGUAUAAACUUAUGAAGGAUCCUGCGAUGCCCCAUGGACGGUGGAAUCAUGAUGAUCAACGCCACCUCUGCGGUGCUUACCGCGAUAACAGAAUCGUUCCCUACGAGGGAAUUCUCGUGUCUGAUAUGUCAACCGAACAGCAGGACUACAUCCUCGGCAUUGCGAAUGAGUUCUUCCUUUAUUUACCAGACAAAGCGAGGAAGCUGCGCCUGGAAUUGCUGAAGAAGUGGUUCCAUGAGACGUAUUGGUGCUGGAUUGGAGGCUUCGGUGAUAAUGACCCUUUUUACUAUCGGAUCCAAAGCCCAGUGGUUAUUUUUGAGUUUGAUCACCAUUCAGGUGUUUUCCUGAAUAAUGAGGAACCGGCAAAGUUUCACAUUCAUACGCUUAUGAGGACGCCGAAUGGAGGGGACUAUGGUAUGGCGCUGAGGCCGUUGAUACCGGGGAUUAAGCAGGAGUUUCUCUGGGAGGGGUAG